AUGUAUAAACUGGUAUAUAAAACUCGCUUUUUUUCUAAUUAAAUUGAUGAUAAAGGUGCAUCAGGCUUAGGUUCUACUUUAGCAAAUUGCAUUAAUCUCUUAAAUUUGACACUUGACCUUGGUUACAAUUAAAUUGAUGCAAUGGGUGCAUCAGGCUUAGGUUCUGGUUUAGCAAAUUGCAUUAAUCUCUCAAAUUUGACACUUGACCUAAAUUAUAAUUAAAUUGGUGUAAUGGGUGCAUCAGGCUUAGGUUCUGCUUUAGGGAAUUGCAUUAAUCUCUCAAAUUUGACACUUGACCUUGCUUACAAUUAAAUUGGUGCAAUAGGUGCAUAAGGCUUAGGUUCUGCUUUAGCGAAUUGCAUUAAUCUCUCAAAUUUGACACUUAACCUAGCUGCAAAUUAAAUUGGUGCAAUGGGUGCAUCAGGCUUAGGUUUUGCUAUAGCAAAUUGCAUUAAUCUCUCAAAUUUGACACUUUACCUUGCAGGAAAUUAAAUUGGUGAUGAAGGUGUAUCAGGCUUAGGUUCUGCUUUAGCAAAUUGCAUUAAUCUCUCAAAUUUGACACUUGAUCUUGCUUCUAAUUAAAUUGAUGCAAUAGGUGCAUCAGGCUUAGGUUCUGCUUUAGCAAAUUGCAUUAAUCUCUCAAAUUUGACACUUAUUCUUAGUAGAAAUUAAAUUGGUGAUGAAGGUGCAUCAGGCUUAGGUUCUGGUUUAGCAAAUUGCAUUAACCUCUCAAAUUUGAAACUUAACGUUAAUUACAAUUAAAUUGGUGCAAUGGGUGCAUCAGGCUUAGGUUCUGGUUUAGCAAAUUGCAUUAAUCUCUCAAAUUUGACACUUGAACUUUUAUAAAAACAAUUUAAUGUUUUAGGAUUUGCAAAUUAAAUUGGUGCAAUGGGUGCAUCAGGCUUAGGUUCUGCUUUAGCAAAUUGCAUUAAUCUCUCUAAUUUGACACUUAACCUUAAUGAAAAUUCAAUUGGUGCAAUGGGUGCAUCAGGCUUAGGUUCUGGUUUAGCAAAUUGCAUUAAUCUCUCAAAUUUGACACUUACCCUAAAUAAAAAUUAAAUUGGUGAUAAAGGCGCAUCAAGCUUAGGUUCUGGUUUAGCAAAUUGCAUUAAUCUCGCUAAUUUGACACUUGAACUUUAUUCUAAUUAAAUUGGUGCAAUUGGGGCAUCAGGCUUAGGUUCUGGUUUAACAAAUUGCAUUAAUCUCUCAAAUUUGACACUUAACCUUAGUGAAAAUUAAAUUGGUACAAUGGGUGCAUCAGGCUUAGGUUCUAGUUUAGCAAAUUGCAUUAAUCUCUCAAAUUUGACACUUACCCUAAAGUAAAAACAGUUUAUUUGUUUUGGAUUGUGA